ACAGGGUGGGUUUCAGGAUGUUUAGACCUUAAAGCGGAUAAGAACCAUACACAUACCAUUGCAAAUAUUACAAACUUACAAGAAACCUUAAACAGUAAAAGUGACGUUGGACAUACACAUACCAUUGCAAAUAUUACAAACUUACAAGAAACCUUAAACAGGAAAAGUGACGUUGGACAUACACAUACCUUCUUCUCAACUGUUGGUAUAGAAAGUAUUUUAGGAACGAUUGAAGAAACUGGUGGGGGUGGAUUAUAUUUUAAACCUCCUAACUUUCCAGAAGGUUUAACAUCGGAUAAAGACAUUAGAUGUAGAAAUGUCUAUGUCAUGGAGGAUGAAAAAAAAGUUAAAUUCACUGCUCAAGAUUUAUAUGAUAAGAAAGCUGACAAAACAGAGCUUCAAACGUUAAAGACAGAAAUACUUCAAACAGUAUAUCCUAUAGGUUCUAUUUACACGUCAAUGAACUCAAAAUAA